GUCCACGGUGGCGACGGCGCCCACUUCUGCUCGUUUCUUGCAGGAAAUGCAACCCAGCACGAAGGCCUGGCCCCGUACGGCCUCCGUCAACGAGUCCACCUCGGCGCAGCCGCCCAGACACUCGCACGCUACAAAAAGUUAUGAGCAAACCAGUGUGACGGUGUCAUCAAAACCAUGGACACACACACAACUUCAAGAUCGAGUUUCCACAGCCCUCCCGGCAGCCUGGAGCAGCUCCCGAGUGUUUGGCAGCCCGAGUGGAUCGCAGGUCGGGAACGAUGGCGCACCGACUUUAGUGCCAAGUCACUGUGAUGCUCUGCUGAGGAAUGAAUACAAAAUUCUACACCGUGGCAGAUAAGGUGACAUGAACGUGAAAAGAUGCUGCAGCAGGAUGAAGGUGUUUUACCUCCGAGUUCACAAAGAUGACACUCGUGAAGCAACCGUGAUGGCGGAGAGCUUUGAGGAAACCAUGCAUGGAAAGAUGGUGGACGUCCCGAACACGACACGCUUAUUGUGAAGAAUGACUGAAUUCUUUGGGAUGGCAUUUCCCAUGGCGGCGCACUCGACGGGUCUGGACUUUUAACGAGCGUUCCCGAAAACGAUCAUGUCCUCCGCUCGGCCCGUCCCGACACUGAGCAUCCUACCCCCUUCCUCCGACACAGAAUCCUGGUCCCGAUCGCCCAGCCCCCGGCCCAACCGCACUGGCCGCCACCUGCGCUCCUACCGCACCGGCCGCAGCCGGACUAGGAAGCGGAGUGCGGACAAGCGCUCGGGAACCCCGCAGAUUGUAAUUGAGGAGGAAAUUGGCCCUGCACCCUCUGAGGGCCCUCAGAUAAGAAGUGAGGAGCAGGGCCGGGACCAGGACCUCCUGUUGCCGCCGUGCCAAACUUGGUCGCGUAGCCCCUCUCCCAGCCGGCGCUCUCGGUGGUCCCUCAGGAGCCUGCUGGGCAGGGACUCUGACUGGGACAGCUGCAGCACCGCCAGUAACUCUCCACGCAGCACUCCAGGUAGCUCACCCUCCUUGCGUCGGCGGGUGCUUGGGGGCGGCCGGGCCAGCGAGAGCGAGGGAGGGGGGGAGAAGAGCAGUGGAGGAGGGGGAGGAGGAGGCGGGGGGGGCUCAGACAGCCCCCUGCCGUCCAUACCGUCGGCGUCGUCGCUUACGUCGGCCUACCCGAUUGCCUCUCGACAUUUCAAGAGCAAUGCCAAGAAAAUGCAAAGCUGGUACAAUGUCCUCAGCCCCACGUACAAGCAACGGAACGAGGACUUCCGUAAAAUCUUCAAGAAGCUCCCGGACACGGAACGACUCAUAGUGGACUACUCGUGUGCUCUCCAGAAAGAUAUCCUGCUUCAGGGUCGCCUGUAUCUGUCUGAGAACUGGCUGUGUUUCUACAGCAACAUAUUCCGCUGGGAAACCACUAUCACUAUCCUGCUGAAAGACGUGACCUCCAUGACCAAGGAGAAGACGGCCAAGCUCAUUCCCAACGCCAUCCAGAUCAGCACGGACAAUGAGAAGCACUUCUUCACCUCUUUUGGCGCGCGGGAUCGCAGCUUUAUGAUGAUUUUCCGCCUGUGGCAGAACGCGCUGAUGGACAAGUCGUUGUCCCCCAAAGAAUUGUGGCAUAUUGUGCACCAGUGUUACGGCACCGAGCUGGGCCUCACCAGUGAGGACGACGACUACGUCUCCCCGACCGCCGAGCACAUGAACGGCCUGUUGCCCGGAGAAGAGUCCGUGUCCGUCACCGAUCUUCUGGACCUGAGCUCGGUGUCGCUUCCCUCCUCGGGCAGCUCCCCUCCUCCGCUGGUACCGUGCGCUCAGGCCAGCCCCCCCUCGGCGACCUACGGCGCGGCAGGCUCGUCCCCGCCCUCCUCUGCCUGCUGCCUGCCCAUCGAGGUGCCGGCCCCGGCGGGUCGCCGGCUCAGCUCGGAUCCCCCGGAGCCGAGCCCGCCCAGCUCCCACGGCUCGGUGGCGUCCGCCGCCCUCACCAAUAACCCGGAGGAAGGCGGGGACAGCCUGUCCGAGGCAUCCGCUCACAUGCUGCCCCUGCCCAACACCAGCCUGGGAAACCUCUCCUCGUUGGACGCCACCAACGAUGAGGACCUGCCCACCGACCCCAGCAACUCGUCCGACACGCAGGAGGAGAGUGAGGUGGAGUCGUUCUGCGUGGAUCUGAACGGGCGGCUGCACGUCAAUACGGCCGUGCGAAUGAGCGUGGACAAGCUACACGACCUGCUCUUCUCCGCCGACACGCACUUCAUCCGCCACCUUUUCUCGCAGCGACAUUUUACCGACCUGGCGGUGGGCGAGUGGCAGCGGGACGGCAGCAGCGGGACCACCAGCCGCGUGCUCAGCUACACCAUCGCCCUCAACAACCCCCUGGGGCCCAAGACCGCCCCUGUGGUGGAGACGCAGACGCUGCACAAGAGCAGCGCUCAGGGCGAGUGCUACGUGGUGGACUCCGAGGUGAUCACGUCGGGAAUCCCGUACCAGGACUACUUCUACACGGUCCACAGAUACUGCCUCACCUCCAUCAGCAAGAACAAGAGCCGCCUCAGAAUUUCAUCCGACAUCUGCUACCGGAAGCAGCCGUGGAGUCUGGUCAAAGCUCUCAUUGAAAAGAACACGUGGAGCGGGAUUGAGGAGUACUACCGCCACAUGGAGAGCGAAGUGUGCAAGCUGGAGACGCUGCUUCAAUCCGAAGUGAGCGUGGUGACCGCCGGGGACGUCACAAGUGCCGGCGAAACCGCCAAGACGCCGCCGGCCCUGCGACGGCGUAAGCGCACCUGCUCGCGCCGCCAAGGAGACCGGGAUGGAGGGGGCGGCGCCGAGCGCGGAGACAGGGCCGUCGGGGAGGAGCGAGAGCGCAGGGACGCCGGUGCUCAGUAUAAGAAGUUGGGAGAGCGCGCCCGUGGCGGUGCGCAGAAUAGCGUCUCCACCAUCCUCCUCAUCGUCAGCUUCAUGAUCUGUAUCAGCCUGGUGGUGCUGGUGGCGCUCAACAUGCUGCUUUUCUACAAGCUCUACGCUCUGGAGAGGGCGGCACACACGCUGGAGACGUGGCACUCGUACUCACUGGCGGACAGUCCUCUUCCUCAGACGGCAGGAGAGUGGGCUCAGGUGUUGCAGCUCCAGAGACAGUUCCACCAGGCGCAGCUCAGCAAGUGGCAGCAGAUUCUACAGUCAUCCGUGGCUCUUCUUGACCAGAUGAAGCAGUCCCUUGAAAAACUCCACCAAGGCAUCGCCGUCCCCGGGGUCCACCAGGACCAGCCGGCCGAGACGGACGCGUGAGCCCAUCCUGUACGGUACCGUCAACACCCCACAUCCAAUACCGACCCACCUACACGGAUGGUCCACCUUUACAGAAAGAAAAAACAAACCACCAGGGAACUAUAUGAACCACUUUUCACCUGUUUGACUUGAAAACCACACGGCCCUGUGGUGACUCUGCAAUAAAACUCGGAUGGAGGCCCACAGGUGGGCCCUCCAAAACGCCACAUCAGAGAAUCACACUGAAUUUUUUUGCUUUUGUUUUCCAACAUCUUCCCACGCCAUUUUUUGUACUUCCAAGUUGGCGUAAAUCUUGGGAUUUGAUGUUUUAAAAAGAAAUGGGACAUGAAGACAAGCUUGUUAGUCAGGACCGUUACAGUAUUUGAUGCCCAAGCCCGGCCCUCCCCGUGCUCCGAUUGGCUGUCGAGAGGGGCCCGCCGGUAAGGGCUGUAGUACAGAUUGUUCUUGAAUGUUUCAUAGUAGGAUAUAAUGUCAACAAUAAUAAUAAUAAUUAUUAUGAUGUGUGUGCAUCCACGAGACGUCCACGUUACAUUUCAUUUUUGUAUUAGCUUUUUUUUUUCUGCUAUUUUUCCGAAAUCUCAUUCGCUUGCCAAUCAUAAAGGACCAACCGGAAUUCCGCGACGGAACAAAAGGGAAUUUCUCGUAUGUAAUACAUUUCUCCCACCUCUUUUUUUUUUUUUAAUUGUCAUGUCCCCAACUCCUUUUAUUUCCCCACUCACCUCUAUCACUCUAUCUUUCCUGACCUCCCUCGUUCCCUCCAGUUUGUUACGGCCCUGCUGUGCAUGGCCGACCGCACACGACAACAAAAAGGGUGUAUUAUUUAUUUUGGGAGGGGUGCGGAGACGAGAAUGUACUGUGAAGAUGUGAUUGUGCACACGGAGAGAAAUGGAAAAGAAAAAAAAAUGCAACAA